AAAGUAGAAUUAAGACAUCCGGGAUAAAUGACUCAGCUGAGCUCAAUGAAUCCAAAACAUGUGCGUCAGGCUUAAUUGGUUGCACAAAGACCAAGCCAGGAUGAGCAGACACGGAUUCAUUAAACCAGGUGAAACCAAUCCUGGAUAGGUGCGGCGCUCACGGCUCACUCAAAUAGACCCCGCCACAGAUCACAGAUUAACUGAUUUACCAUGGCAACUAGAGCCGCGUACUUUUCCCCGUCGGAAGCACAAAUCCUCAUGGAGGCAUACGAGGAGGUAAAAUAUAUAAUUAAGAAGAAAGGCAACACCGCCACAGUGAUAAAGCAAAGAGAAAAAGCGUGGCAAAGUAUUGCAGACCGCCUGAAUGCAUUAAACAUGAACGGGCCAAAACGGACAUGGCAGCAGGUCAAAAUCAAAUACAAGAACAUUCUGCAGAAUGCAGUGAAAAAGAAUACCCACAGACAAGGCACGGGUGGUGGGUCACCAAAGGCUGACCUUACCCCAGCAGAGGACAUGGCCUUGGAGCUAAAUAAAGGCAGGCCCGUCUUAGAGGGGAUCCCUGGGGGGAAAGAGACGAGCAUAGGUUCCUCCCAAGAUGCCACCCGCUUCAUUCAAGUGUCUGGCAGCACUGUGUUCCUGUUAGAGCCACCAGCACAAGCACCAGACGAUGCUGAUCCAGGUGAAGGCCCCAGUGCAACAGCAACAGCACAUGAUGGAGACGAUGAUGAUGAGGAGGAGACCAUCUCUCUGGAUUCCAGAAGGCAUGAGGACCCAGAUGCUAUACAGUGGGAAAACCAGCCUGGCAACAUAAGCUCACAAGCUAUCAGAAAGUUGUAUGGCAACCACCUCCGGCGCCAAAUAGAACUGGCAGACAUAGACAUUCAGUACAAGAAGAAAAAGAUGGAAAAUCUUGCACUGGAGUCCGAAAUAAAAAAGAGGACAAUUAGGAAACUGGACCUUGAAAUAAAAAAACUUGAGAGGGAGGUGAGAUAUGCCUUCAAUGUACACUGUAUGCUAACUGUAACACAAAUGUAUUAAUCAUUAUUUGUAUUUCCUCCCCCAGCUCCAAGAAGAUGACACAGCUCAAAAUAAAAAUUAGGUAUAUUCUCGUAAAGUCAAGUGAGCCAUGACAUAUGAGCUCUUAUUGUGAGCACACAGGACGGUGGCAUCUUUCUAAGGUUUUUUUAUU